UGUCUGACCUGACUCCUCGCUGUUUAACAACCAGCAGCUUCUGCUCAGUGAAAACAUGUUGACUUCAGUGGUCCUGCUGUGGAUCUGUGUUUUUUGCUUUAUUCUUUGUUUAAGAUGCAGGAGACCCAAAAACUUUCCACCCGGACCUCCAGCACUGCCGUUUCUGGGAAACCUACUGAAUCUUACUGUAGAUAACCCAAUUCAGGACUUUGAGAAGUUAAGGAAAUCUUAUGGGAACAUCUACAGUCUGUUCUUCGGUCUCAGACCAGUCAUCAUCAUAAACGGAUUGCAGGCUAUGAAGGAGGCGAUGGUGACCAAGGGUUUGGAUUUUGCUGGACGACCUCAAGAUACAUUUGUCUGUCACACCACUGAGGGAAAAGGUAUCAUUCUGGGCGACUAUGGUCCACGUUGGAAGGAACAUCGUCGCUUUGCACUGAUGACCCUGAGGAACUUUGGCCUGGGGAAGCAGUCCAUGGAGCACAGGAUUCUGAGAGAGAUACAAUAUACAGUUAACACAGUGGAAAAAAGCAUUGGUAAAACCUUGAGUCCUCAACUUAUGUUUCAUAAUGCAGCCUCCAACAUCAUCUGCCAGGUUUUGUUUGGAACACGUUAUGACUAUGAUGAUGAAGUUAUCAAAGUGAUUGUUCAGUGCUUCACAGAGAAUUCUAAGAUAUCUAACGGACCCUGGGCUAUGCUGUACGACUGUGUUCCCAUGGUUCGCAAGCUCCCACUGCCAUUCACAAAAUCCUUCAAGAAUAUUGAGACCUGCCAAAAAAUUUCAUUGCGUUGGGUGACUGAGCACAAGAAGACCAGAAUCCCUGAAAAGCCACGGGAUUUUGUGGACUGCUACCUGGAUGAAAUGGACAAGAGAGGCAACAGCGGAUCUUCAUUUUCAGAAGAGGCUCUCAGGAUGUUUGCCUUAGAUCUUCACUUUGCUGGAACUGACACAACGUCCAACACACUGCUCGCGGCUUUCCUCUACCUGAUGACGUAUCCACAUGUACAAGAGCGUUGUCAGCAGGAGAUUGAUCAAGUGCUGGCAGAGAAGCAUGAGGCCAGUUUUGAGGACAGACACAACAUGCCUUAUGUGCAGGCUGUGAUCCAUGAAGUGCAGAGGGUUGCUAACACUGUUCCUCUCAGUGUCUUCCACUCUACAACCAAAGAGACAGAACUCAUGGGCUAUUCCAUUCCAAAGGGAACAAUAAUCAUCCAAAACAUGUCGUCAGUGCUGAAUGAAGAGGGACAGUGGAAAUUCCCAAACGAAUUCAACCCUGAAAACUUCCUCAACGACCAGGGAGAGUUUUUUAAGCCAGAAGCCUUCAUGCCGUUCUCUGCAGGUCCUCGGAUGUGUCUGGGAGAAGGUCUGGCACGUAUGGAGCUUUUUCUCUUCAUAGUGAGUCUGCUGAGGAAGUUCAAGUUCAUCUGGCCUGAAGAUGCGGGACAGCCAGACUACAUUCCAGUCUACGGGGUCACUCUGACUCCCAAACCGUACCGCAUGAAGGUCCAGUUUAGGACCACACUGUGAGACAGUAUUUGACAUUGGAUGAAUAAGGAUUUUUCUUAGGGGUCACCAUAGCAGGUCAUCUGUCUCCAACUCACCCUGACCUCUGCAUCUUCUUCUGUCACAACAACCACCUGCAUGUGCUCCUUCGGCGCAUUCAUAAGCAUAAACCUUGUCUUUAGCCUUUGUUUUAUACUUCAGCCAGACUACUCCAUCCUCAGCAUCCUUCUCUCUAUAUACGUCUUCUCCUGUUCAUGUCUAAACCAUCUCAAUCCUG